AUUAGGCGUGGAAAACACAAAAAUGAAACGAAUAAAACCAAGUGGUGCCCAGUUCAAAAAAAUCCGUGCAAAAAAGCAACACACCAAAAAUUUGUCGAAAGAAUUUAUGUUAAAUUACGUGAAAAGUCAUAACAAGGAAAUCUCAGACACCUCAAAUAAUCCUUCGGUUUCUGAAUCAAACCUGGAAAAUCCAUCACAGCAUUUUAUAGACGAGUGUACAAGCGAUAUUGAAAAUGAGGCGGAAUCUUUAUCAAAGGAGAUUCUGGAGGUAGAAAACGCUGGACAAUCAUCUGUUGGAAUUGAUAGUGAAAAACAACAUGUAAUAAGUGUUGAAGAAAACGUGGAGACUGUUUUAUCACAGGAAAAUUCAGGAACAGAGAAUAUCGAACUAUCUAUAAACAAAGACAUAGGUUAUUGGCCCGAGAAAAUUUCACAAUCGUUUCGUGAUUUGAUUGUCAAUACUGGAACAGAAUCUCUACAGAAUAAAAAUGGUCCAUUUCAUCAAGAUGAUUCUGGAAGAUCAUUGAAUAAGGCUUGGUUUCAACGAACACAUAAAAAUGGCGAAAAAACUGAAAGAACCUGGAUGUGCUAUUCUGUUACGAAAAAUGCAUUAUUCUGUCUAUGCUGCAAGUUGUUCCCCUGCAAAAACUACCAGAGUAGUUUCAGCAAUGAAACUGGUUUUUCAUCAUGGAAGAAACUGAAUCCUCGAAUAGAAGAACAUGAAAGUAGCAGAGCUCAUCGUUUCUCGUUUCUAGAGUGGAAGGACAUGGAACGCUCUUUGAAGAAGGGAGGACUUCUCGACGAUCGUCUUCAAUAGCAGAUUCGAAAUGAAACAAAAGUAUGGAGGGAUAUUCUCGAGCGCAUUAUUGCCACAAUACAAAAACUCGCACAGCAGAAUUUGGCACUCAGUGGACACCGAGAAUCCGUUUCUGAAGAUCAAAAUCCAGGAAAUUUCCUUGCUCUUAUAAAAUAUCUGAGCAAAUUUGAUCCUGUUAUGAAAGCCCACGUGGAAUCGGUUUCUGCUAAUAAGGGACAUCUAAGAUAUUUUUCCCACAACAUUCAGAACGAAAUCAUUGCGCUGCUAGGCAACAAAGUUAGAAAAUCCAUCAUAAAUGCUUAAAGAUGCGGUAUACUACAGCAUUUCUUUUGAUACAACUCCAGAUUC